UACACUUUAGUAAAGUGAAACUGCACAUUUUGAAAUGGUAAAUCAAUACGUGGCUGGUCAUGACGCCGAACCAAUCAAAUUACAGUAGCCAUUCAUUUCUUGUGUCCCGCCGGAAGUCAAAAUUUUGAAAAGAAAAUGUGAAAACUCACUCAAUAUUAGUCUAUAAUAGCUAAUUUAAAGAUCUAGAACAAUGGAUAUCGGGUAUGGAACACUAUUAUGUAUAACAGUUGUACUUGGGCUAAUAAUCAGGUUCCUGUACAACUUUGGUAAAGAGAUUGGCCUUUCCAAAUUGAUAACUCGUGAAAACGGGAAAAAUCAAAAAUCUCGAUCAAAAUUUGCAUCAAGACGAGAGACACUAACAAAGUGGCCAAGCAACUCAACAAAACACAACGUCAGUUCCUUGGAUUCUUCUACAUCAACAACAACCAGUACUCCUAAAUCAAACAAAGUCAGAAGCCGAUUUGGGAGUUCCAACUCUACUCUACAAAGUGAAUAUUCUCUUGCAUAUACAUCUCCAUCGGCACUUGGAGCAUUAUCACCGAUACUACCUGCAUCUCCUGUUGUACCAGAUCAGUCUACUCAACAAUCUACAAUGUCGCACCAACCUCAUACAAUGAUAACAAGUCCAUUUCCUACAAAGUUCUUCGGGAAGUCUGCUAUCACAUCAACUCCAAUGGUAACAAACAACAUGCUACAAUCAGGCACACAUUUGCUUCAACCACCCAACAUAUUCCAACAAGCAACUUCACAACCUCUUAAUGUUGUACCAUCUGUUGUUUUGCGUAAGCCAUCUAAACAUGCUUUGAGCAGUGCAAAUUCUAGGAUGGUGAGAAGUCCCUCAACUAUAAAGAUUCCUUCAUCAUCAGAACAUGAAAAAUCAUCAUAUUUGAUGUCAUUAGUUCGAAAUAAGCCAGAAACAGAAGGUUCUCCCCUGGCCAGGUCUACUGUCAUCACAGCUCUCAAAAAAGCAAGGGAAAAGAGGAAACAUCCCAGCAGUAAAGACCCCAGUGAAAGGACUGCAGAUUAUGUACAAGAAAAUGAAGGCACACAACAGAAAAGAACAAGAUGGGAAGACAUAGAAACUACUAUGGGGAAUUACAUACCACCUCAGUCCAUCAACUACCAAAUGUUGACAGACCAAAGUCAAUAUCCUGUAUAUGCUCCAACACAAAUCGAAAGACGCGUCACUAAUCUUAAGCGACCAGCUCUACAUAACACAUAUGAGGACUGUACUAUCGAGGAAUCUGACCGCAAAAGAUGUAUAACUGAUAACACUAUAGAUCAACACAGAGGAGGUAUCAGGCAGUCCAAGAGGAAUCCUAUUGCAAUAUCUCUAUCCUCUAGUAACAGAGCCAAGGUUAAACAGGUACAAGAAAGAGAGAAAAGAAAACUGAACUCAAGUGUAUCAAAUAAAAGUGCAACAGAAUCGGAGGCUUCAAAUAAGAGGACACGUAACACAACAGAAACUCAAAUUAGUGGAGAGACACGGCUGAAAGACAUCCCCUUUCCAAGUGAGGAUGUCAUUCAAAAUGGCCUGGACUUUGACGGAGAUGCAGAUAUGAGUCAAUCAGAAAGAGCCUUUGAAGCAGAGCAAAAAACGUUUGAUGAAGCAUCAAAGAUGACUCCUAAGAAGCAAUUAUUCCCUAUAAAGUCUGGAUCUUCACAGAUGAGGCGGACCCCAAUUUAUUCAUAUAACAAAAAUACACCAAAGAAAAAAUCUGUAGCGGAAGUUAUGAAGAUCACAGAGGCUGAUUUAGCUAAAGACAGGGAGGCAGAACAAAAGCGUAUAUCUGAUAUUGUCUCAUUGAUUGAUGAAAAGCCUAAACAAGAUAAAGGUGCUGUUACAACUAGUGUGGCUUCAACUACAGUUGUAACAAAGGAGACUGCAUCCACUGUAACGAAUUUGAGCACAGCCUCUGGUGCCACCCCUAGUGCUAUUGCUACACAAGCUACUUUACCAACUGCUAGUGUUAACCCUUUACUGACUACCAGCACAUUGGGCGGAUUUAAACUCCCUGGUGCAACGCAAUCGUUAGGUGGAAUAAAACCUACAGUUGUCACGACAUCUACCACAAGUAGUAGUAGCAGUUCAUAUUCAUUUAAGCCGUUAUUUCCCUCUGACUCUACUGCAACAUCAAGUGCAGUUACUUCUGUUGCAUCGAGCUCCUCAUCUAAUACUGGAGUCGCCUCAGCAUUGGCCUCACUGUCUAGCCUAACUAGCUCAACACCAUCAUCACAGUCAGUAGGAUCUGCAACGCUCCCAUCAUAUUCCCAAUCACAGGCAGCACCUGCAUCAACAGCAGUUACCCUGCCCAUUUUAUCCAGCCUCAUAGGGGCAUCCACAGAUUCAACCCCAGCCACUAGCUCUUUAGGGACGAGUGGAACAUUACAAAACAAUUCAGUAGGGUUCAAUUUUGGAUCAUCCCAGUUUGCCCAAAAUGCGACCUCAUUAGGCUCUGUGAGCUCGACUUCCAGUGGAUUAUCUUUUGGAUCUGGAUCAGCAACAAGUGCGGCCAGCAGUCUUGGUGCUUUAUCUGGAUCAGCUACAAGUGCGGCUAGCAGUCUUGGUGCUUUAUCUGGAUCAGCUACAAGUGCGGCUAGCAGUCUUGGUGCUUUAUCUGGAUCAGCUACAAGUGCAGCUAGCAAUCUUGGUGCUUUAGGAGGCUUUGCUCCAUUAUCAACCACAACUAAUUCUACAACAGGAACUCUGUCUACUGUAGCAUCAACACCAACCACUGGGUUUAACUUUGGAUCAAGUGCACCCUCAACCACAAGUAGUUCUUCAUCUGGAUUGUUUGGAUCAACACCUGUAUCAAGUAGUUCAGGAUUAACAUUUGGGGCAGUGUCCUCAACAUCAGCACCUUCCAGUUCUUCAUCAUCUGGAUUUAGUUUUGGAACUGGUUCAGUAACUACAACCACCAGUUCAUCUACAACAGGUGGGUUUGGUUUUGGAGUAGCCACAGGAUUUGGUGCAUCGGUAGUCCAAGGUCCACCUCGAACUGGAUUUGGAGUGGCAACUGGUUUUUCAUUUGGGACUCCAAUCAAAAAGAAAGAAGAGGGUCCUGCCACCGCUGCUAGCUAUGGUGUCACCCUUGUUAAUGACACUCCAAGUACAACAGUAUCUGCCUUCGGAGGUAACCCAACUACUACUGCUCCAAGUGGAACAUUUGCCUUUGGGGCUGGUGCACCUUCAAGUGGCACUGGAGCCCCAGCAGGAGGAUUUGGUCAAAGUACCACAAGUUCAUCAAGUUCAUUUGGACAAUCUAGUAAUAUGUCAACCGGAUUUGGUGCAUCUACAAACUUAUUUGGGCAAGGAGGCUCAUCAAACAGUGGUUUUGGACAAAGUCUUGGAAGUAAUGUUCCUUCUAAUUCAACAUCAACUUUUACAUUUGGCACUAGUAAGCCAUCAACAGCAACAACAGCAUCAUUUGCCUUUGGUGGACCCAAGCCCCCAACUACAGCAAGUAGUGGUUUUAGCUUCACAGGAAAUGCCCCAUCAACUACAUCUACUACUUCAGUAUUUGGUGGUAGUUCAGCAGUGGCUACAACCACUUCAAGUUCAGCAUUCUCGUUUGGUGCAGCAAGUACAGCAAAACCAGCACCAGCAUUUGGAGCCACCACAAACUCUGCCGUUCAAAAUCAAGGAUUUUCAUUCGGAUCCCCCACCCCUAGUGCCACUUCAUCGGCACCAUCUGUUUUCGGCAACCAAUCGGGAUCAACUACCCAAAAUGCAUUUGGAUCUGGAAAUCAAUUUGGAGCACCAUCCACCCAGUUUGGGGUUAGUUCUCAGAGCAGUGCCCCCCAAUUAGGAGGCUCGGGUCCAGUUUUUGGGCAGAGCACCGCCCAGUCUUCUGGUUUUUCAUUUGGAGCAACCUCUACCCCACAACAAAGUGCAGGAGACACAUCUUCAGGAUUUAACUUUGGUGCAUCAACUAAUGCUGCUCCUAGCACAUUUAACUUCUCUGCUGGAGGUCCCGCUGCACCUGCCUUUGGAGCCAAUCAACCAGCCACAUUUGGAUCUACUCAACCAGCCACUCAAGGUGCUGGAGGGUUUGGAUUUGCAAUAGGAACAGAUAAUAAAGCGGGAAGAGCCACCCCUACCCAUAGAGCAAGGAGGAAGGGGACACGGAGGUGAUAGCUGACGAGUGAAAUUGUUGUUUCAACGAAAAGCUUCAAAAGUACUUGACACUAUUCCUAUAUUGUGACAGUGACAAGUAUAGCCUGUGUGGAACAAUAAAUAUGGUGAAAUACAGCAUAGCCAAUCUGCUUCUACAGAUGGCUACGAAUUGAAGAUAUAGAACACUGUGAUUGGUUGAACACUGAUAUUUGCAGUUAAUUAUCCAUGAGGUAGAUGUCAUGGUGAUCAGUUUUAAAUUGAAAAUAGUGUGGAAAGCAUUGAAGCUUGAAUAAGGAU